GCCUUACGUCACUCUCCAAAAUAUUGUCAACUUUUUUACAGUCGCGUUCGCGUAAAAACCGAUUGAUUACAGCUUGAUCCCAUCUAGUGAUAAAAGCUUAUUAACCUGCAACAACCGAACCGUAUACCAUGAGCAAUACCUUCCGGUUGACAUUUCCGGUGGUGAACCGAGAACUGCUCAACUGGUUCCCCGGUCACAUGGGCAAAGGUAUGAAGCAGAUGCAGCAGAAGCUGAAACAAGUAGACUGCGUGAUUGAGGUGCACGAUGCCAGAAUUCCUCUCUCCGGACGAAACUCCGAGUUCCGGUACACGAUCAGUGAUAUCAAGCCGCACAUACUGGUGCUAAACAAGAAGGACAAAAUCGAUAGACGGGCACAGAGUCGCAUCAUCGAUCGACUGCAGCAGCAGGAUUCCGAGGCACGACACAUUCUGUUCACAAACUGUAAAGAUCAAACAUGCAACGGCAUUCGAAAGGUAAUGCCUCUGGCCCAAGAUCUAAUUCUCAGCUCUAAUCGUUUCAACCGAGCGGAUCAAAAAGAAAGUUGCAUCAUGAUCAUCGGUGUCCCCAACGUAGGCAAAUCAUCCCUGAUCAAUGUGCUGCGGAAUCGACACCUGAACAAACGUGCAGCUUCCCAAGUCGGUGCCGUUGCCGGAAUAACCCGCAGCGUACUGAACCGAAUCAAAAUAUGUGAAGACCCUUUGGUCUACCUGUUGGACACGCCCGGCAUUCUGAAACCCAACAUUGCAGACACGGAAACAGGCUUGCGACUAGCUCUGGUGUCCUGUCUUCAGGACCAUCUGGUGGGAGAGGAACUAAUCGCGGAUUACCUACUCUAUUUGAUGAACAAACGAGGGAACUUCAAAUAUGUAGAACUAAUGGGACUAACGGAGCCAACCGAUUCGAUUGCUGAAGUGUUGGUGGCCGGAUCAAAACAUCUGGAUAAGUCUGUCCGUGUUCGGCAUUACGACGGAUCUUUUGUAAUUCGACCGGAUGCCAUGCUGGCAGCACGACAUAUGAUCAAGGCAUUUCGGACAGGUGCCUUUGGCAAAAUUCUAAUAGAUGAUGACAAGUUUGUUUGAUGUCUUGUUAUACGUAGUUAAGAUAAAAUCGAUUAAAUCUAGUUACUUACAA